UUGUUCUAUGCUUGUCUAAAUGUAACAAUAUCCUCCAAAACUAACGGAGGGAGUUGCAGAGUUUAGUUUCACGACUUAAGUUUCCUCUAAGAGCAUUAAAGCUGCACCGCUCUCACUUCAGCUGCUGAGCCAAGUGAAUCACUUUGGAUGCAUGACUGUGUCGUCCUGCGUCGCCACGUGAGGGAUGAAAGCUGGACAGUGUCGUCAGCACAUCUCAGGGUAAACCUGGACAGAGGUGGAGCAGGCGACGUGCCCUUUUAACGAUUAAGCUAUCGCCUGCACGUUUGAUUGGAUUACAGCCGGUGAUUAGACCUAAGGAGGACACAGAGGGGUGUGGAUCGUCUCAAACCCAAACACCGGUGUCUACAAAAGGCCCACACCUUCUCUGCUGUUCUCACCCUGAGUCCCACUGUUGUGUGACUGUGAAGAGGAACCACCUCCGCUUCACGGUAGACCAAUUCGGGCUGACAGGUUUGCACAGAGGUCUUCAGCACACACGCACCUGAGGCAUCUGAGAAAUGGGCAACUCGUCAGGAAGCACCGUGGACGACCUGCAGGCCGUGGAGAUGCACCUGUGGUACAAGAAGUUCAUGACCGAGUGUCCCUCAGGUCAGCUCACCCAGCACGAGUUUAAGCAGUUCUUUGGGCUGCGAGGUUUGGACCCAGAGGCCAACGCCUACAUCGAGCAGAUGUUCCGCACGUUUGACAUGAACAAGGACGGCUACAUUGACUUCAUGGAGUACGUGGCAGCUCUGAGUCUGGUGAUGCGAGGAAAGAUGGAGCACAAACUGCGCUGGUAUUUCAAACUCUAUGAUGUGGAUGGAAACGGCUGCAUCGACAGACACGAGCUGCUCAACAUCAUAAAGGCCAUUCGUGCCAUCAAUGGAAAUGAAAGCCAGGAAACGAGCGCAGAGGAAUUCACGAACCGCGUGUUUGACAGGAUUGAUAUAAAUGGAGACGGCGAGCUUUCGCUGGAGGAGUUUGUGGCCGGCGCUCGCAGUGACAGUGAAUUCAUGGAGGUGAUGAUGAAGAGUCUGGACCUGAGCCACAUCAUGGCCAUGAUCCACAACAGGAGACACAGCGUUUAACUCCGACUUUUUCCUCAUUCCCGGUCUGACCCGGCAGCUUCAGUGCGACGUCGUCGCCUCUGGUGGAAAAAGGUCGUUUAUCGACUGAGAUUUCUAUUAAGAUCGAGUCCAGUUUCAUGUUUUUUAUCUUCAUCUCUAUAAGGGCGUCACACAUGCACUUUAAACACAUUUGGAUGACUCAGUCAACCUUUGCAGACCGGUCCUCGUCUAACGAUGCUCCACCGAGGCCACGUUAGCAUGAAGGAUGAUCCCUCACACGGCUCACGUAGCCUUAGAUACCCACCAGGGAUAAAAGAGGCAGAUAGUGAGGUAAAGUGGCAAUUACACCCUGCAACCAAAGAUGAUUCCAUUAUUUUUGAUUCCUCCGUAUCACAUGACUCACCCCUGUUUACCCACUCUUCUUGUGAAGCUGCAGUGAACAACAAAAACAUGAAAACCAGUAAAAAAUACUGAUGUGAUGCAGAGAAACUGCAAUGCUCCCUUUUUUAAUGUUUAAAAAUAAUCAAAAGUUCUUUGUUGUUUCUUUGGCUGAAUGAUUUGCUUCAGUUCAGUAUAAAUGCAGGAUAUUAUGUUCAUGUGUGUUGGAGAUGCUCGGUUGGUGCCUUCUGACAGAAGAAUACAGAAUGUUUUUAGCUUCUGCUUAUUUGUACAAUAAAAAGAAGCCCUUCUAAA